AAACUCACGAUACUGCGAGAAAACGGAGGUGACAAAACAGGAAAUGAGGAUAACGCCAUUGCAAAGAAACAUGGUGGUUAUAAUGAUGAUUUUCAAGAAAAGAAGAAGCGUGAACGUCCUAAGAAAAAAUCUACGAAAGCUAAAGUCGUUGAUUGUCGGAGUGAGGAAAAUGAUAAUAAAAAACGCAGAGAUUGUGAUUUAGGAAACAAUGAAAUGCGAAACAGAAAAAAUUCUCAAAGAGAUUUAAUGGAUGCUUGCGUACGGCUGGAGAAGAUUUCUGUUGAAGAUUUAAAAUUUAAAACGUCGUCUAAAAUUGUGGAGCAUCCUAAAGAUGUUGUUAAUUGUGGAAAGAACAAAAAUGAUGGAGAUUUAGAGUUAAAAGAUAUGGAAGAUUUUAUAAAUAUGAAAGAUAAAUUUACAUCAUUGCAAAGCUAUGAGAAGAAUACUUUAGUUGAGAAAAAUCAUUCUGGUUAUGGAAACACACCUUCAUUUUCUUCUUUUCUACAAAACGCGUCUGCUGACUCUAUUAACGUAUCUUGUAAGGAAUGUAUGAUAGAUGUGGAUAAGCAUGAACUUCAAAGGAUUGAGAAGUCCUUUGAUGAACCUGACUUUAUUGAGGAUAAUAUCACCCUGAAUGAUAAGGUUGACAAAUCUUGUGGGAAAUUGAGGGAUUUUCAAAUCACAUUUAUCGACGAAAGUAAUGUGUUUUUAUCGUGCGGUGAUAUCGUAAAUAAAGAUUUUAUCAACUCUCUUGAAACAAAAACAACUAAAGAUCGCCGUGUUCACACUAUAUCUUCAGUAUUGGAGUCGUUAAAUAGUGACAACGAUAAUGGUUUUAAUGAUUUUGUUGUGGAAGAUUGCUCGAGGAAUGUUGAAUUGGAUUUUGAAGAUGAUUUGUUUGCCUUAACACCAAACCAAACUGAAAAGAAUUUUGAUCAAUACUUGGAACAUGUUGAUCACAGAUCUGUGUGUAGUGAAUCUAAAAGUGAAAAUCUUAUUGAUUCACCUUCGGAAUCUUUGUGUUUGACCGAUGAAAAACAUCCUUUGUACAGUCAUUAUAGUGAUGGGUGCUCUAGUGGAAGUUCUAUGGUGUUAAGGCUUCCACCAGAUGAGGAAAGCUUUGAAUGGAAUCUUGAUGAGUCAUUUGACGGUCACCAGUCUUCCGGUACGAGUAAUAACCUCGGAAGUCCUGAUAGUAGUACAGUUCCUGUUGUUACCGAGGUCAGUGACUUAAAUUUAGAAAGGACUGGGGAAUGUUUUAGUAAGAAUAAUGUAAUAAAGGGUGAAGAAGUUGUUUGUGAUGUUUCAAACAUGGAAAUAUCGUGUGAUUUACACAAUAAAGAACAAAUUAAAGGCGCUUUUGUGGAUAAUGAUGUUUGUUAUGAAAUAUCUGUGGACAAUAAUGAUUGUGACCAAGUAUCUGUGGAUAAUGAUGGUUUUGAUCAGGUGUCUGUGAAUAAUGAUGGUUGUAAUGAAGAAUCUGUGGAUAAUGAUGUUCAUAAUCAAGUAUAUGCGGAUAAUGAUGGUUGUAAUCAGGUAGCUGUGGAUAAUGAUGGUUGUCGUCAAGUAUUUGAGGAAAGUGAUGGUUAUAAUCAACUAUAUGUUAAUAAAGAUAGUUCUUACCAAGUAUAUAAAAACCAAAAAGAACCCCAUUCAAAAAUCAAAAACAUCAACACAUCCCGGGCAGACGGUAGUUAUGAAUUGAAGAUUUGGAGACCAACAAUGAUGCCUCCUUCACCAAAUUAUGUUAAAGAAACACGUCAUAUCUACAAUCUACCUCAUGUUCGUCAUCAAAAAGCGUUUUGUAGUGAUUCCAAUGAUUUACCGUUAACAACGAAGGUCGUCGGUGGACGGCGUCUUCAUUUGUCUUCAUUAUCGGUAAAAGAGCUUCCUGAAUUCAAUCUUGGCGGGAACUUCAGGACUUUGAGGGAACUCCAAGACCAAUGUGUAUCCAAGAUGGACAACGGUUUACUCAUGGACUGUCUAGCUUCAGAGGGUAAAAUUAGUAAUUUUCCUCAAUAUAAGGAUAUACCUGGAAAACUAAAGGCCGAUCUCCACUUCGACCGUACCGUAGCGUAACGUAGCAAAACGCGACGUAGCGUAUCGUACGCAUAUACGUGUUACAUUCUCCACUUUGGCGGUUUUAACGAACCGUACAGAAACGAAGCAUGGCGCGAAUUUUGAUUAUAAUCAUAACAUGGCGGUUGUCAGUAAAA